CUCUACAAACAGGAUUGCAAAGGUAUCCCCUUCAGAGAAAUGAGUAGCUACAACUUCAUUAAGAACGCUCCGAAAUGGCAAGAAAAUCCAGCUUACCUUGAACACACCGGGAACGGCAAUUCUGUAGGAUCCGACCUUGAUGGUGUGGAUCUCGCAAGUGACCUUGAUGCCUUGCCUCGGAUGGAUAGGCCGACCGGGAACAAGAGCGCCAAGCGAGGCGCUGGAAAAUCAGGACUGUCCGAAGAAAUUGCUCCUAAAAUGUUGGCUAAUUCGAGUGAGGUUGCGCUAUCUAGCCGAGAGUUGGCCAAUCAGGGAAAAGAGGCUCAAGCAACUCUGCACAAGAUGCUUGACUACUCUAUCCUUUCGACCAAUCUCUCCUCAAAUGACGAGGAGGUACGCGCUGAGUUUGAAGCCGAGAGGGCCAAUAUCAUUUGCAAGCAACGUGCCCGCAGGGCUGCCGAGUUAGGUCAAUCAUAGACCAAAUGUUCCAUAUCAUCCAUUUCUUUUGUUUCUGUGUAUAGUAUUUUACAUGUCUUUCAUUUAGAAUGUUCUAGUAGUCUUGUGCGCCUCUUAAUGUCUUCAUCUUGUCGAUAGUGUCCAAAGUUUCGCAGUUUGUCAUCUGAACAUCUUAUUUCAUGUCUUUCAUUCAUACCGUUGGUUAGGUUACUUGUUAGUCUUUGUUUUUUUGGCUCCUCUAAAUCGAUUUUGAUACCAUGUUUAAGUCUCGUUUGGUCAUGAUCUUCAAUGACACAUCAUUGACCACAUAUGUUCCCU